AUGGAUUUCCUUAUGAAAUGGAAUAGCAUCGUUCAUCAGUUAGACGCUUUACCAGGUAUUACGGACGGCGACUCUAAUGAGAAAGCAAUUAUCAAGCGGUGUUUAUCAAAGGAAACAUUGCAAGCCUUGUAUCAGAGAUAUGAUACUUGUGAACUCAGUGUAGAUCAAUUGAGAAAGGGCAUUGAGAAAUUGAUUGAGCGUUUAGGUAGAAGUAAUAUGCAUAACCCCCCGCCAUCACCGUCCAACCCAGUUAAGAGUGGCAAGGAUCGUAACACGAGUUCGAAAAACGAGCGUCAAGCUAAUUCGCCUAGUAGAAAUACCCCUAAGAAAAUGACUUUUUCUUGUUGUUUUUGUCAAGGCGAACACAGCGGUAAGGUCUGCACGAAAUACAAUACUUUAGAGACUAGAAGAGCUCGUAUCAAUGAAUUACAACUAUGCUUUGGUUGUUUAAGAAAGGGUCAUCGUAUAUUUGAAUGUAACAGUAAUAAGACAUAUUGUUUUAACUGCAAUGGUAAACAUCAUACAUUCCUAUGUGCUAGACUAUUACCUAAUUCUACGAGCGUCUAUGUAAAUUCGUCUCGGCAACCUUCUAGCACCAAAUCAGGUCGUAGUAGAGUUGAUAAUAAGCCUAUAGAAACUGCACAAUCGCAGCCUAGUUUCAGUACUAGUGAGAAAUCUGCGGCCACGAGUAAUCAGAGUAAUUCUCAGAAGAAUGUUAACAGUAAUCAAGUAACUGUGAAAAAUGUAGCAUCUCUUCAACCGACAGCGUUACCGACAGCCACCCUUCUUUUGAGUAAUGAUGGGAAUCGGAUCCCGGUUCGAGCCUUUUUAGAUAGCGGAUCUCAAAGAACGUUCAUUAACCCAGAAGUUGUUGAGAAAUUGAACUUAGUGCCCAUAAAACAAGUGGAACUUACAUUAAUUCCGUUUGGAGACAAUGUUGAAACUAAAAUGUUUGAUGUAGUAAGAGUAAUAGUUCGAGCAGGUACUAAACGUAUCAAAUUAAAUGCUGUUGUUUGUAAUCAUGUUAACACUUCCAUACACACACCUGGUCUACACAACGUGUAUCUGCGAUUGCAAGAACGAGGUGUUAAACUGGCAGAUAAGAAUAUUGAAUCAGAUACCCUCAGUGAUAUAGGUUUAAUUAUUGGUGCUGAUUAUUAUAAUGCAUUUGUGUAUUGUCACGAUAAAUAUGAUGAUGUAUGUUUGCUUGGUAGCACCGCCGGUGCUGUUAUUUUUGGUCCUAUACCCUAUUGGGCUUGUAAUGUUAUCAGUGAUGAUGAAAAUGUAAGAUCUGUAAUAAGUACACAGAGUAUAGUUUGCUCGAGAGUCACUGCUUCUGUAAAUCCUCUUGACGGUGAGGAUAUUUCUAGACUGUGGUCAUUAGAUACGAUCGGCAUCGGGAAGGAUGCGCGAUCCUAA